GGGGACAGAGCAGCCUCUCUCCUCUCUUUUCCCCAGCCACCUGUCUCGGAGGCAGAAACGACAGCGCCCUGAGCGCAGAGGGAAGCGAGCCGCAGCCUGACAGGGCCCCGCCUCCUGGAGCCCUUCUCGCACCACAGCGAUCCGGCAGAGCGCUCAGGUCUCCUGGGCCCCGCCCCCACGCGGUCAGACCACGCCCCCGGAACUCCAGGGCCCGCCCACCCCGCAGCAGUGUGUCGCGGACAUGGGGACGCCUAGCAGCCCCGAAGAUGGGACCCCACCGCCGCCAGUCCCAGAGUGUGACGCGGAGGUCCAGCCCCAAGGGGCUGCCCAGCCCCGGGAGCACACCGAAAACCUUUGCGGGCAGGAGAAGCCCGAGGCCCCAGCAGAGCUGAGCGGCGGAGGAGCUGAGCAGCAGGCGGAAGAAGAGGAAGAAGUGGGAGAAGGCAGCAGCACGGAGAGCAGCCGCGACACGGGGGAGGCCCCUCCUCCGGAACAGAUCCCGGCCACGGCCCCCACACCCACCAAGUCUAGGGAAGGGGUGAGAGGGGCGGCGCAGCGGCUUCGAGGACAGCAGCUGGAGGCACUGACCCGAGUGGCCCUAAUGGAGCAGCGAGUGAAGGAGCUACAGCGCCAGAGGAAGGAGCUGAGGAUCGAGGUGAGACUGCAGACCUCUUGGGAAGGUCCCUGCCCUACUGGAGCCAACACCCCAGGCAGGGAGGGGUCUGAGGUGCAGCCAGCCUGGCUCUUGCUGGCCUCUGUGUCUGUCUCUGUGCUCAGGCAGAUGCUAAGAGCCUGGCUGUUCUUUCAGGAGCAGAGGCGGCUGAGCCAGGAGCGGGAUCGCGUGGAGCAUCUUCGCCAGAGAUUCCAGGAGGCCCAGGGACAGCUCAACUCUCAGCCGGAGGACCAGCGUGAGCGGCUUCUGCAGAGGGUGCAAGAGAUGAGGGAACAGCUGGAUGUGGCCCAGCGUUCCUACGAGGACUUGGAGUUCCAGCAACUGGAGCGAGAGAGCAGACGAGAGGAGGAUCGGGACAGCCCAGGGGCUCGGGCGCAGAACCCCAAGGUCCAGGAGCUUCAGGCCAGUGUGGCACAGCACAGGCGCCGGAUCCAGGUCUUGGAAGAACAGCUCAAGUCGCUGGGGGAACAAAUGGCAGCUGAGAGCCGGGGGCUGAGCCGGAAGAAGGAAGAGGCCCUUCAGGCCCUGACGCAGGAACGGAGCCGACUGCUCGAACUUAAUUGCCUUCAGGGAAGCUCUGAUGGAGACUUCUCUGAGUCCAACCAGGCCCUCACUAAGCUCCUGUUCACCCAGAAGACAGACCGCCAGUUGCUGGUGCUCCAAGACCCCACCACCCACACUGCCGCCUCCACCUCUUCCUGCCUCUUCUCCGUUCACAGCUCCCUGCAGGGCUCCAUUGGCCUCCAGAGGACUGGAAGCCUGUCCCGGAAAAGGGGAGAGAGAUUGAGCCAGAGGGGAUCUCCGCGACCUCUGUCCCUCCAUUGUACUGGACCCCUGGAAGCCUCGGCCCUUCCACCAGCAGGAGACUCUGGAAGACACUCCCUCUAUCAGCUGCUGGACUGUGGCUCCAGGAAUAGCUGUGGGGCCCUCCACCCAGACAUCGCCCGCAUGGAGCGGCUCCUGCAGCAGGCCAUGGCAGAGCGGGAGAGGCUUCUCAAGGCCAGGGAAGGGACGAGAAGGAGUGUAGAAGGUUCCUCAGGCUCCACUGUUCCUGCCAUCAUGGCCCCGCCCACACCCGUGCCCCCACCCUGCCCUCCUGGUCCUCGCAUCCUGGAUCUCAGGCAGCACCUGGAACGCUGGGGCCACAACCCGGAAAACUGCCCGCAUGUCCAGGUGUCCGGGGGCUGCUGCCGUGGGCCCCUGGUGAAGAUGGGCGGCCGCAUCAAGACCUGGAGGAAGCGGUGGUUCUGCUUUGACCGCCAGGCCCGGCGCCUGGCCUACUAUGGUGACAAAGAAGAGACCAAGCUCAAAGGCGUCAUCUACUUCCAGGCUAUUGAGGAAGUCUAUUAUGACCACCUACGCUGUGCCUUUAAGAGCCCCAACCCUCGUCUGACGUUCUGCGUCAAAACCUAUGAACGCCUUUUCUACAUGGUGGCGCCGAACCCCGAGGCCAUGCGCAUUUGGAUGGUUGUCAUUGUGACUGCGGCUGAGGAAAACCACGCCCCCUGAGCGGCCCCACCCAUUUGGGCCCGCCCACUGCCGGAAAGCCUGGGCCCGCCUCUUUGGAACGCGGCAAUUCUGCAGAACCUGCGCCGCUCGGCUGGCCCGAGCCGUGGCGUGCUGUGCUGCAGGUGCUUUCCUCCGACUGGAUGCCAGCCCCUGGGGCCCUACUCAGGAGCGGGGGCGGGAAGGAACUAUUUAUUGGUGCUCCUGUGAUACCGAAUUAAACAUGGAGGACAAACUA